GCAGCCUAUUUGUUUCAAUUAUAGUUCGAUGAGCACCUGAUAAAACUGCGUAUUCUGGAUUACGCUAAGACAUUUGAGAAAAAAAAAAUUAACAACUUCUAAAAAUGGUGUUCAAGCAGAAAGUUCUUCGCAUUUUUAAUUUUCCUAGUUUCUUUAACUUUCCCCUUUUUUAUUUUCCUCAUGAUGCCUGAUGAUACUAUUACUGAUAACACCAAUAAUAAAGAUAAACUACCAGUGAAAGACUUCCUUAGCCGACAUGUCCCCAAUCAAGUUACCAAUUCCAAUAAAAUAUGUUACCGUCACCGUCCCGAUCUGAUCAAACAAAGACAACCUGAUGAUUUCAACAUUGAAACUGCACAACGGCAACUAGAGGAGGUCCCCACUGAAGAUAGAGAAGCUAUCAGUCAUAUAUGGUCGAUAUUCUCAGCCGCACCUGCUGAUCAGCGUAUACUCAUUCUCAGAGGAUUAGUUUCCACCUGCUGUAUGCCUCAACUUUCCUUUCUUCACGAUGCUAUUAAACCUUUACUGCGCAUUGAUUUCUUAUCUGUUUUGCCUCGGGAAGUCUCACUGCAAAUCUUCUUCUAUCUGGACGCUAAAUCACUAUGCCAUGCAGCCCAAGUUUCUAGAAAUUGGAAACGAUUAGCAGAUGACGAUGCUUUAUGGCACCGCAUGUGUGAACAGCAUAUUGAUAAGAAAUGUACAAAGUGCGGUUGGGGAUUACCUUUGUUAAAUAAGAAAAGAAGAACAAUAGCAUCUUUGAAACGACCAUUGAUGAUUGAACCAAGCGAGUGCUAGUAGUACAAAUGGAAAUGAUUCACUAGCUAGCACGAAUACUACAACAGUAAAUGAUGGUAAUGAUGCUCAUAACCGACCCAACAAAAGAAGCAAAAUCGAUAAAGAAACAACCGACAUUUUCGAACAUACCACAGCUGCAACAAAAAAUACAACUGAUACCCACCAUUUU